AGAUCAGUUGUGGGUCUGAGUGCAGCAGGGCUGGAUGUGACCAUGGGGCACUCUUUGCUCUGCAUGAUGGGGUUUUUCUUGCUCAGUGCAGUCAUCUAUGGAAAUGCUAAAGUUCCCAUUAAGCCCACUGUGAUCCUGCAGCCAUCCUGGACUCAGAUAUACAGAGGAGAGACAGUCACUAUCAGAUGUGAGAUUCAGGGAGGUGGAGAAACUCAGUGGAAGUAUGAAUGGAGACCAGCCAAGUUAAACACACCUCCAACAUCCAGUGAAUACAGAAUCAUCAAAGCUACUGAAUCUGACAGUGGAGGAUACAGAUGCCGAGGCAAAGGAGGCAAAUCCUUGACAGAGUGGAGUGAGAUCAUCACACUGACUGUAUCAUAUCAGCUAGCUUGCGGGGCCUGCGUUCGUGGCGGAAAAACCGCUGAACGGUUCAAAAACUGGCACCAGAACCCCAUCGGUGGAAAAGCGGCUUGGGAGGAGACCCUGCGGCAGACCCAUGACACACUGGAGAAAUUACAUCUCUCACCUGGCUUGGAAAUGCUUUGGUGUCUCCCUGGAAGAGCUGGGUGA